GCGUAAUCUGUAUAUGAGAGCCUGCCGUGUCACUUCUGGAGUCUCUUGCCAGAUCUUGGCUAACAAUUAUAUCCUCGGGAGCCUCCUUUUAGGCGCGCAUCGUGUUGUGAAGCCUGCAUAAAAUUGACGACGGUCGAAUCAGCUUCGCGGUAGCCCUGCAGCUAAGCCGAGAACAGAAAUGAGGUGAGCCAGAAGAGCAAUCCCACGUUACCAGGGGACCGGGCUGGAUGAUUGGGCGCGCCAUUGCGGCCUCCAACGCCCAUCCCCUUUUUUCCACCACGCCAAAUGCCAUUUGCCAUCUCAAAGUGUCGCAUCCCGCUACCCCGACACAGCAUUUGCGGCAAACAACCCGCAUCCUGGAUUCCUGGAUAUGACAAGCGUGCGAUGCUGACGCGAAUACGACUCGAGUCCUUUCCUUGUGCUUGUGUUCCUUGACAUUGAUGAACAUGGAGGAUAUGGUCACAGUCGUCGCCGUCGCCUCCGAGAUGGACUCCCGUACUGGCAGCGCAGAUCUCGGCCCCGUGUUCCACUUCGGCGAAGCUGGCGAUCACUCACCUUUCUUCGACCCCGCCUUCGGUUCCUUGAUUUUCUUUGACACAUUCCACGCGGCCUCCGACCGGCGAGACUACCCACUUGGCCCCGGACCAAGUGCUUAUUCUGCGCUUGUGCCGUUGAACCAUGCCUCCUUUGAUACCCAGUUCCACGGCCCCGGGACCAAGAUCAUCGCGGCCCGAAAUAGCAACCACAACCCCGGCAACCCACAGUCUUAUCCCAACGCGCCGCCUACCAUCUACGCCGAGGGUCAACGAGCGGACAUUUACGACUUUGAGUACCUCGAGUCGAAUGUCGGCCCACCGUUUGGAGGAGGCCCAAUCAUCGGCCAGACAACUCACCUUCCUCAAUUGGAAGGUCCGUACAGCAAUUGCGAUGGCUUCUUAAGUCCGGAUCUGAACUCAUCCUUCGGCCCUCUGGCUCAUGCUCUCUCUAAUGGAUACCAUACCGGAUCCAGCUCCGACUCCAGCCCCGGCCCCGACAGUCCAGUCCCAACUCUACUGGGAGUCUCUCCGUCGACCGAAGUCCGGCAUAGGAUCAAUCCUAAUUCAGCCUUUGACCUCGAUACAUCACGUCGUCCCUCGAUAGCCAGUACCGAAAUCAAAUUCGAGCACAAUACCGGAGCUAGUCCAUCGCCACGACCGCCGAAUCGCAAAGGAGCAGCCAAGAACUCAGCAGGUUCGCUUGAGAUCAUCCUGUAUAAGCCGAGUGGGAAGCCAGAUGGACGGCUCUCCAAGAAACGCCCUGCCUUUGACGAGGUCACCACUGGGAGCAGUACGCCCCAGACCCUCCGUCGAAUAUCGCUGGAAGAUGAGAGUGGCCAGGUGAAGGCUACCAUGACUACGUUUGGGAAACGCCCCAGAAUCCGGACUCCUUUUGACGAAGAAAAACGCCGACGCACAGCCCUUGCUCGGAAGGAAGGUGUAUGCGCACGAUGCAAGAGGUCAAAAAGACAGUGUGAUCUCGCCGCCAAAGGCCUCUAUGUCAGCUGUACCCUGUGCACGUGCACCAAGAUCUACAAGAAUGUCCCUCGCAUGCCUUGCUUCCGAUCCACCUUGGUCGACAUCAUGUUCUUCCGUGCCGGUAUGAGCGCUGUUUCCUCGGCUCACAGAGUGCCAUGGACUGACACCUUUCUAGGUCCUGCAGCCAACGAGCCAUUGUUCACCAGACGUCUUGUCGAGUUUAAGCUCGAGGAUCUUUCCGCCCCCGAUGUCCCUGUCCGUACGCUGAAACUUAGUCAAAGAAUGGGUCACCAUCGUUUGACCGUGUAUGCCUCCGAGUUCAAGCCAGAGCCCACCGACAAACUCUCGUAUCACUGGAAAGAUUCAGCCGGAAUGAUUCACGAGAUGAAGAUACCACCGUUUACCCUCACCAAUCUGGACAAAGUUCACGCCCAUUUCCGGCAAUAUAUUGACGCCGCCAAAGGAUCCUAUCUCGAAUCGUUAAGGGGUCAGCAGGAUGACGGUUUGACUUGGAAGACUGUUUCAACGGCAAUGGAAUAUGCACGGAGAAAACCGGACUCUCUCGUUGCCGAUACUCUCGAUAUGUGGGCCGUUUCCCGAAUGAUCGAAAUCCCAUGGGAGAUAUGCGGAGAAUGGACAGACACGCUCGGCAUGUCACCGGUCCAGAAUCCUGAGAACCCACACAAGGGCAAGAUUCCGAUCCCGCCGAUCAUGGACACGCUUCUUGAUCAGAUUGUCAUCAGGCAUUUUCUGCAGCCGUUGCGUGAACGGGUGAUCAAGAAGUUCGAGCAGCUGAUCAGCCCAGCACGGCCGGAAGUGUGGUUCGAGGUGUACCUGUCUGCUUUUAUCAUCCUCAACCACAUUGAGAGACUGGCUAAACAUUCGGCAUCCCAUGCGAGACUCCACAGCAUGCCGACCAAGUACUCCAACACUUCGUUCCUCGAAGGGGCAUUUCACACCGCCAAGGUCAUCCUCUCGCGCUUCCACUUUGUGUGCAACGGGUCUGCGCCCCUGCGGCUGGACUGGAAGAAGGAGAAGACUGCAGAGCUGGCCAAGCUGCAGCCGAAGGAGGUUGCCCUGAUGGAGGAGACACAGGCCAUCAUACGACGCAAAGAGAAUGAUGUUUUGAGCCUGCGAAAGACGCACCAAUACGAAAGUCCACUCUACUGGUGCCAUCAGCUGUAUUUUGAGGACUGGGACACCUCCCCGGUACAUAUUGUCGAGGAAUGAACCCGACAGGAGGCUUUUAUCAUGUUUUAUACCCAUGAAGCAAUUCACGUAGCAAGCGAAGGAGUUUUGGAAAGUAAUACGGGUAAUAUUUUGGAUUUUGUAGGGGAUGAACUGUUGAUAUUGGUUGCUCUAUAUACGAUUUUCAGCAACAUAGGGGCUUAGACUUUUUUUUUAUUUUAAUUAUCAACGAUGCACAUACUUUAGGACCUUUGUGGAAGACG